AUGUCCUUCGACGGCGAUGUCUCACGCCACGUGAGCCAGGCAGACAGCCUGCUAGGCAGAUGCCAGGUUAAGGCACUGGAGGCCAAGAGCUUGAGUACGUACUCGACCAGCUUCACGGCUUUGGCCGUGGCCGCCCACGCGAAAGUUGAGUUCGGAUGUGUCUACCUCGACUACAUGUGGCCUUUGAAUUAUUUCGAGAGCACCCAGCGGGAGGUGCAGACAUGCUUACGCAAACGGCCCGACGUUGCUGCAAGAUCUGACCGCCUGGCAGCGUGCAACGAGUACAUCACUGCAUCUCUGACGGAUGGUAUUCAUGAUGUGGAACUGUUGGUUCUGGAUCCUGGGCACAGUUUGUUAAGCCGAAGCGGCGCAGUCUUGGCCGUAACCAUCGUUCACUCGCAGAAAUCCACGCUAUCUGCGCAGCGUGCGCUCCUGGAGCGUGUGCUGGUCAAAGGAGCAAAGCUGCAUCAGGUCACUUUGGACUUCAUGGGGUACACAAAACCGAGCAACCGACCUGUAGCAACUUAUUUUUACGGCUGGAAUCUUCAUUCACAGCUUUCCUUGCUCCCGAGUGUGUCGAAGAAAUUGAAGAAGCAUUGCUUCUUCAACGGCAGCUGCAACCUCUACUCCACACAAAACGGUUCAAAGAGGCGGUCGCGACCUUUUGCUUCCAGAAGAUGGCGAAAAGAUUUCGCUGUUCAAAUUGGGUUCUUAAUCACAAGCCGAAUCUAA